GAAGAACCUUGCGUUUUAACGAGAGAUGAGUGUUUAUCACAUUGGUAAACCUAAUAGACAAUAAGGUUAUAUAGGUUUGCUUCUGUUCAAUACAUGAUAUUUGUAUAUUUGUUAUGUACAAGUGAACAUUUCUUCUUGGAAAUGCACUGUAUUGGAAUUGUUAAGCGAUAAAUGUCCAUAUUAUUGGAGGCAGGGCAGUGGACCUCCAGGACCAGACUUGAAGAACCAUCCAGUAGGAUGACUGCGUUUUGUGUAGUCUUGCUUUACUUUAUUUAAAACCUAUUGUCUAAGAUCUCCUGUCUUAGGCCAUAGGUUGUGUAAAAAAUGCUAAGGUGGUUUUCAGCAGAUGAGUCCGGCUCUGCGCAUGGAGCUCCUGGCUCCCCGCAGGUGGACAUGGGCAGCGAAAUGAGAUUUGCUGAGGUCACUGAGCAGCUAACGCAGAUGGAGGAACUUGUGGCCCAUUUAAAAGAGUUGAUCAGGGAAAAGGAUGCAGCACUCAGCAGUAAAGAUGACCAAGCCAAGGAGCUGACAGAACAAAUGCAGCGCUUGCGGGGUGAGAAAGAAAACUUUCAGUCAAAGCUGGAGGCAGAACGUCACAUUACUCGGGCUCGGAUCAAGGAUCUGCUGGAGAAACAUGAAGCAGAGCUGCUCAGUGCUGCUGAUAAACAUGAGACGGAGUUGUCAGAGAAGGAGCAGGCCUUACGCAGACAGCUUGAGACUCUUCAGCGCUCUAUAUCACAGCCCGCAGAUGCAUUAGCAAACCAAUCCACCUGCAUCACAGCUCAGAGAGUCACAGAGCUGCAAGCCCAAGUGAAGCUGAAAGAAGCAGAGGCCAAUAAAGCAGAAGCAAAGUUCUUAAAAAUGAAAGCAUGGUCCAAAUCUAUGAUCAGGCAGCUCGAGGAGGAACUCAAAAAAGUUAAGUCUGGAGUAUGUCUCAACAUGUCCCCUGAUGUCACGACCCUACAUAGUCGCGUUACUGAAUUGCAAGAGGAGAGAGAGGAAAUGCUCAGCAAACUGGAGCUGUAUGAAGACAUGAAGUCAAAAAAUGGUAUGAAGAAGUGGAGCCAAUUUCGUAUUCUGCUCUCCAUUGCCCUAAACAUAUUUGAUCCAUUACCUUUGUCUUGUGGCACAAAACUGAUUGAGGAUGACUGGUUGUUUCCUGGCUGCUCCGAUCCAGCAUUAGCCAAUCGGCAACAGGAAGUGGAGGAGGAGUUGGCCCAGGCCCGUGGACUCUGCCCACAGAAAAGCAGAAAGCCCAAAUAUUUCACCCCACGCAGCCUGCAGGAGGACUUGGAAUUUCAUAGUAGGCAAGACCCAAUAGGCCCCACUGAUUGCGAUGUUCUUGUGAAUGGAGAGAACAUGGGUGGAUGGUGGCCACAGCACAGUGCUGCAGAUACAGAUGGCUUGAGGUCUGUUGUUGAAGAGCUUGAACUAGAGAGAAACCAACUGCAGGAACAGAUUUUGGUCCUUGAGAAACAGUGCCAAGAUCUAGAGGACCGUCUGCAACUUCAGGCUCGCAUUGAAUUGCUACAGAAUGAAUCUGAGCGCCUGCAGGCACAGGUUGCCAACCUUCGCAGUCAGCAGAUAAGAGACACAGAAAAGCAUCAGCUACUCAUUGCCAGCCUGAACAAACAACUCAAAGGACUGAGCAGCACACAGGAGUGUCUGGAGUCCUCGCUCAUGGAAAAGGAGCACACGCUUGCCAGAACCUCAGAGAAACUGGAAUUUAUUGACAGUCUGAGAGAGGCUUUAGAAACAAAAGAAAAACAAAACCAAGAAACAACUGAAAAACUGCUUCAGACUGAACACAACCUGGCUGAAGUUACAAAGACAUGCAGCACCUUUGAGAAGGAAAACUCAGAGAUGAAAGCAACUGUUGCAGAACUGACACUCAAACUCGGUGUGCUGAAAGACAAGAUCCAGAAACAAGAGACAACUAUAGAAUCAUUGCAGAAUGAUCUGGUUCAAACAAACGAUGAUCUCGACAGACUGAACGCUGCACAUCUGGAAGAAAGAGCACAACUGGUUCAUGACUUGCAGAGAUGUGAGCGUGAAAUCGAUAGACUUCAAGAUGUCAUCACUGAUAAGGAUAAAGAUAUAUUGGCACUAACAUCCAGUACAGCAGAAUAUUCAGAGCAAAUUCAUGAACUAAAACAGGAAAUGAAGUUCAAAGAGAAUGUGCUGACUAAAAUUGAACAGGAUGUUCAAAUCUUUAGAGACCCACAGCUUUCUGACCAACAGUUCUUUAAUGUCCUAAUACCUCAGCUGAUUGAGCAGUUGAAGAGAACUGAAACUGAUCUAAAAGUAUCAAAAAAAGACGUUGAGUCAAAGAGUAAUGACAUUAAAGACUUGACCAAGCAAACAGAAGAGCACAAGAAAACAAUUCAGGAUCUCCGCAUGGAAAUACAGAAGCUGAAUAUGAAUCUCAAAGACCAGCUAUUGGAUAGAGAACAAGUGCAUGAAAAAGACUCUUUCCUGGAUGAACGUAAUAAGUUGCUUGCUGAAGUCAGCAAACAUGAAAGUGAGCUUUUAAUGUUCUCUAGAAAACUUGAGGAGCAGGUUGAAUGUCAAGAACAGCUUAAGAAAGAUGUCCAAGAUAAGUCAAAGAUAAUAUCUGUAUUGGAGGAUAAGCUGAAGAUUGUUCAAGAGGAGACAGUAGCUGAGAGAGAUAGAUUUAACAAAGAGCUUAGGAUUCGAAAUGAAGCCAAAGAAAACCUUGAGAAAGACUUGUCUGAUAAAAUUGAGCGUAUUCAAUCUGUGAAUAAUAACAAUCAGAAACUUCAGGAAUCGCUUGAGCAGACUUUGGGUGAGCUUGCAAGACAAAAGCAGCACCUGGAUAAUGCUAAGGAGCAAAUGCAAGCUGUGCAAGAUCAGAAUUACAACUUGAUUUUACAAGUCGAAAGUCUCACUAAUGACAAUUGUCAAUUGAAGAGGGAAAUUGAGGCUAGCGUCCAGUCCCUCUCUGAUGUUUCAGAAGAAAAGAAAAGACUGGCAAGCAAAAUAUCUGAAGUUGAACAGCAGCUUUUAGAAAGUGUUAAAACAAUAGAACACUUGCAAAGAGAUAAGGAAGAGCUAACACUCAAAGGAAAUGAAUUGAACAAAGAACUUGAGCAAAACAAACAGUCAAUGGCUAAUAUAAUUUUAGAAAAAGAUGGCAUUGUUGGACUCCAUGAGACAUUGAGCAGGCAACAUCAACAAUUACAAGAAAUGUUGGAAGAGAAACAAAAAGAAGUGCUUACACUAGCCCAAGUUAUGUCUGAAAUGAAUAACAAGGUUGCAAAAUCACUUGAAAAAAAUUACAAACUUGAUGAACAGAAUAAGUACCUUCAGAAACAAACAAAUGAACAGAUGAAGUCACUCACAGAAACAAUCAAGGAGAGGGAGAAUCUACUAAACAAAAUCUUGAUUUUUGAAACACAAGAUGUGGAAAACCGUAAAACCAUGGAAGGCUUGCUUAAACAAAAGGAACAUUUGCUUUUGCAAGUAGAGGAGCACGACAAUAUAGAAAAGAAACUGCAGUCUGGAGCUGAGACCUUGCAGGAAAAGUCUUUAGAAUGUGCAGCCCUCUCAAAAUGUCUCGGGGAGACCAAAGAGGAAGUAGAUCAUCUUAGGAGAGAACUUGAAUCCACCACUUCUCAAGUCCUUCAAUACAAACAUAUUGUUUUUGAAAAAGAAAAGACCUUAACAGACCAAAGUACACAAAUGGAAGCUUAUCAGCACCAACUCAAGCAAUUGGAAGACAGUCUUUCUAUUCUUCAAGAACAAGCUUGUAAUUAUAAAUCAGGUCUGACAGAGAAAGACACACUGCUGCAGAAAGAAUCUAAUUCAUGUCGUUUGCUACAAAACGAACUUGGUCAUGAAAGAGAACUUGUUUUUAUCCUUCAACAAGAGAUGAGUUCUCUGAAAAUGGAGUGUUCCAGACUGAACCAGACUUUGGAAGUGAAAGAGAGCACUUUAAGAGAGAAAAAUCUUGAAUGCCACAAUCACUCAGAUGAAUUGUACAGAAGAAAUGAGUCGGUGCUUUCUCUAACUAGUCAGCUUGGUAUUAUGAAUGAAAAUAUUGUGAAGCUUGAAUCUGAUAAUGCACAUUUAAAAGGCACUUUAGAGGAGCAUUUAGCAGAAAAUAUAAGAUUAAAAGAGGAGCUCAGACAGGAACAAAUAGAGGUUGUGGAAUAUCAAGAUAAUGUCCAGGCAAUGAAUGACCAAAACAUUAUAAUUAAAUCUGAACUGAAGAAUUCAAUGGCAGAAAUAUUUAGACAACAAGAGAUGACCACAUCCCUACGAAAGGAAUUGGAAAGUAAAAGAGUCGAACUGGCAUCUUUGGCAGAACAGUUAGAAUCCAAACACUCUCAACUUGAAGCUUUACAACUUGCUCUGCAAGGGAAAGAGGACGUUUUCAGGACACAGGAGAUGUCUGUAAAUAAGAUGCAAGUAAAACUUUUGGAAGGUGAAAGUCAAAUCACCCAGAAAAUAACAGUGAUCUCUGAGCUACAGUUUGACCAGGUCCCGACGUACCCGAUCAGGACCCCUUGA